AUGGAGCUCGUGCUCACUACACCUGAUCUCCCAACCCCGCUGCUGCUCGCCACCUUGACGACAGUAGUGUCCGUGGCCUUAUGCUAUGUCCUCUUCUGGAAGCAGCAGGAGGGGAGGCGAGCGCCGCUGCCGCCGGGGCCGAGGGGCUGGCCCGUGCUGGGCAACCUGCCUCAGCUGGGCGGGAAGACGCACCAGACGCUGCACGAGAUGACCAAGGUGUACGGCCCGCUGCUGCGGCUGCGGUUCGGCAGCUCCGACGUGGUGGUGGCCGGGUCGGCGGCUGUGGCGGAGCAGUUCCUCCGCGUCCACGACGCCAACUUCAGAUGCCGCCCGCCCAACUCCGGCGGCGAGCUCAUGGCGUACAACUACCAGGACGUCGUGUUCGCGCCCUACGGGCCCCGGUGGCGCGCGAUGCGCAAGGUGUGCGCCGUCAACCUCUUCUCCGCGCGCGCGCUCGACGACGUCCGCGACGUCCGGGAGCGUGAAGCCGCGCUCAUGGUGAGGUCGCUCCUCGCGGAGCAGUCCCGCGACUACCGCGAUAAUAGUGCGCCGGCGCCGGCGCCGGCGCCGGUGGCGCUCGGCAAGGCCGUGAACGUGUGUACGACUAACGCGCUGUCGCGGGCGGCCGUUGGGCGGCGGGUGUUCGCUGCCGCCGGCGCCGGCGACGAGGGCGCGAGGGAGUUCAACGAGAUCGUGCUCGAGGUGCUCGAGGUGGGCGGGGUGCUCAACGUCGGUGACUUCGUGCCGGCGCUCCGGUGGCUCGACCCGCAGGGCGUGGUGGGCAGGAUGAAGAAGCUGCACCGCCGGUUCGACGACAUGAUGAAUGGGAUCAUUGCAGAUAGUAGGAAGGCCAGGGCUACGCCAGCCGCCGGAGAGGAAAGCAAGGAUUUGCUGGGCUUGCUGCUGUCGAUGGUGGAGGACGAGCGGCCGUCCGCCGGCGGCGACGAAGUCAGGAUCACCGAAACCGAUGUCAAGGCACUUAUUUUGAACCUGUUCGUAGCAGGGACCGACACCACAUCGACCAUAGUGGAGUGGUCGCUGGCCGAGCUGAUCCGCCACCCGGACAUCCUCAGGCAGGCACAAGAGGAGCUGGACGCUGUCGUGGGCCGCGGAAGGUUGGUCACCGAGUCAGACCUCCGACACCUCACCUUCUUCAACGCGGUCAUUAAGGAGACGUUCCGUCUGCACCCAUCGACGCCCCUCUCCCUUCCUCGCAUGGCUGCCGAGGAGUGUGAGGUUGCCGGCUACCGCAUCCCCAAGGCCUGCGAGCUGCUAGUCAAUGUGUGGGGCAUUGCCCGCGACCCGGCCCUGUGGCCUGACCCGCUGGAGUUCCGCCCUGCCAGGUUCCUGCCAGGUGGCUCGCAUUCGGAUGUGGGUGUUAAAGGAGGCGACUUCGGGCUUAUACCAUUCGGCGCUGGUCGGAGGAUAUGCGCCGGCCUCAGCUGGGGGCUGCGGAUGGUCACACUAACUAGCGCCACUCUGGUGCACGCAUUUGAUUGGGAGUUGCCGGCAGGACAGACACCAGACAAGCUGAACAUGGAGGAGGCCUUCACCUUGCUGCUACAGCGGGCCGUGCCGUUAAUGGCUCAUCCAGUGCCCAGGCUGCUACCAUCAGCAUAUGAGAUCGCAUAA